AUAGCAACCAAAAUCAUUUCGUUGUGUACUUGAAGCUGAGGUUGUCGACAGCUAGCCUAAGUUUAAAUCAACAGGCAUACCUGUCAACCUUGAAAUAUCCAGGAGUUUGGACUGUACAUGUGAGGGUCGGCAACUAGAUCUAGCAAUAUGCGUGAAGUUAUUUCCAUUCAUUUGGGGCAGGCUGGAGUACAAAUCGGUAAUGCAUGUUGGGAGCUCUAUUGUUUGGAACAUGGUAUUCAACCAGAUGGCCAAAUGCCUUCAGACAAAACAAUUGGAGGAGGCGAUGACUCUUUCAAUACCUUCUUCAGCGAGACAGGUUCUGGAAAGCACGUCCCGAGAGCAGCAUACGUUGACUUAGAACCCACUGUGGUAGAUGAAGUUAGGACUGGCACUUACAGACAACUGUUUCACCCGGAACAGUUAAUCACCGGUAAAGAGGAUGCUGCCAACAAUUACGCAAGAGGACACUACACGAUUGGAAAAGAAAUCGUGGAUCUGGUCUUAGACAGGUUAAGAAAACUGGCAGAUCUUUGCACAGGCCUCCAAGGUUUCUUCGUUUUCCAUAGCUUCGGUGGUGGCACUGGCUCCGGGUUCACCUCUUUGCUUUUAGAACGGUUGUCCGUCGACUAUGGAAAGAAGUCGAAGAUAGAAUUCUCCAUCUACCCAGCUCCACAAAUCGCUACCGCCAUUGUGGAGCCGUAUAACUCCGUGCUGGUGACUCACACAACGCUGGAGCACUCGGACUGCUCCUUCUUGGUGGACAACGAGGCUGUGUAUGACGUGUGCAGGAGAAACUUAGACAUAGAGAGGCCAACGUACACCAACAUUAACAGGCUUAUAGCUCAGAUUGUCUCAGCGAUUACCGCCUCGCUCCGCUUCGAUGGGCCUCUCAACGUGGAUCUCUUGGAAUUCCAGACGAACCUAGUGCCGUACCCUCGGAUACACUUCCCUUUGGUCAACCACUCGCCCAUCGUGUCUGCGGAGAAGGCGUACCACGAGCAGCUGGGAGUGGCUGAAAUCACCAACGGCUGCUUCGAACCUGCCAACCAGCUGGUCAAAUGCGACCCCCGUCAUGGCAAGUACAUGUCCUGUAUCAUGCUCUACCGCGGCGACGUAGUGCCGAAGGACGUGAACGCAGCCAUCGCCACCAUUAAGACCAAAAGGACAAUCCAGUUUGUGGACUGGUGUCCGACUGGCUUCAAGGUGGGUAUCAACUACCAGCCUCCCACCGUAGUCCCAGGGGGAGACCUAGCCAAGGUUCAGCGUGCCGUGUGCAUGUUGUCCAAUACCACAGCCAUAUCAGAGGCAUGGGCGCGAUUAGACCACAAGUUCGACCUUCUCUACGCCAAGAGAUCUUUUGUCCACUGGUACGUGGGAGAAGGCAUGGAAGAGGGAGAAUUUUCUGAAGCUAGAGAAGAUCUUGCUGCAUUGGAAAAGGACUACGAAGAAGUUGGGCUCGAUUCUGUAACAGAAGAAGGGGAGGGUGAAGGAGAGGAAUAUUAGCUAUUAUCCAAGAAAGCCAGUUUCAUACUGAGGGCCCCAGAUGAUGUGGACAAAAGAAACUUCAAAAUCAUGAUUUAGUGCUGCUUUCUCCGAGAGAAACUAUACGCAUACAAUGACUGAAUGAGCGUGCACGCAAGUGAGAAAGUGAACUCAAGUUGCCUGGAGGCUGUGAGUGUGUGUGUGUGUGUGUGUGUGUGUGUGUGUGUGUGUGUGUGUGUGUGUGUGUGUGUGUGUGUGUGUGUGUGUGUGACGGACAAUAAACCGUUAUGACGUGUCGCUUGGACGUGCGUCCUCAAUAAUGAUGCCACAUUGGUUGCAAGACUAGUGUGUCUGAGCCAACAGACCUCAGGUCCUCCGAAGAAGACGUUGAACCGACCAUGACAGGGACGACUUCCACAACUGAGGUGACAAGUUAUCAUAAUGAGUGUUUGUUUAUUUAUUUGUUUGUUUGUGAGAUGGGGUGGAGACAGAAACUGGGAGAUGAGGCAACGGAGAGAGAGAGAGAGAGAGAGAGAGAGAGAGAGAGAGAGAGAGAGAGAGAGAAGAAAAGAGACGAGAAGAGUGACUGGUAUAGAUUCGUGUUUUUAUGUUAGUAAGUCAUGCCUGGAAUUUUCAGGAACUCCUAAGACCUCUUUUUUUCUUUUUUUUUAAAUGACACUGCUGACGACCAUCUUAGUGACAUUGAAGACAAAGUAAGUCCAGCGAACAGGUCUGGAACUUAAACGGCCAACAUUUGUGAGUCGUAGCCUAGUAGGCUACGUGUGUCUAAUCCUGGGGAACGUACACAGCAUUCAGAUUUGGAUUGCUUCUAACACUUCAAGGUAAACAAUAUACUCGUAAUCGUAAUAAAUAUAGAUUGAACCUCAAGCAAUUCCAGUGUGUUUUACGUCGUUUUGCAUUUCACACAUUUUAAAAAACAAAUUCUUAUACAGUACGAUAUUUCUAUUCAGUUGAACAAUUUGUGAUCAAAAGAACAGAGUGCUUGUUUUACACUAUGUCGAUAGCAACUCACCUGUGUUGACUUUACAAUGAACAUUUUUUAAAAUAAAUUUACUAUUCCCAUACACGAAA